UAUGGGUUGGGGAACUUCUUUCUUCGCGUAAUAAGAAAUUUUAAUGAUGUGGCCAGUUUCAUCAUGGCUGCCGACCGACGUGUAGCUGAGGGACUAGAGCACCUAAAAGAAGCCGAAAAAUGCAUGAAAACGUCCUUCUUCAAGUGGAAGGCCGACUACGACGGUGCAGCGUCUGCUUACACCAAAGCAGGUACAUGUUUCAAGACGGCUAAGUCCUACGACCAGGCCAGGCAAGCGUUCCUAAAAGCGGCAGAGUGCAACGUCCAAAACAACGUCAUGUUCCAUGCAGGGAAAGCCUACGAACAGGCAGGUAUGAUGUGCAAGGAGUUAAACGACUUAAACCGAGCUGCCCAGCUGAUUGAGAAAGCAGGGCACCUCUACAGAGAGCAUGGGGUACCAGACACCGCAGCUUCUACAUUUGAUAGAGUGGCCAAGCUACUAGAGCCUACCAACCCACAGAAAUCAGUGGAGUACUACCUGAUAGGCAGUGAUAUAACUGAGUGUGAAGACAGACCCAGACAAGCAGCCGACUUCCAGAAGAAAGCUGCAAAGCUUCUUGUAAGAAUGGGGAACUACGACAGAGCAGUUGAAGUCCUGAAGGUCGAGAAGAAGUUCCAGAUUGAAGGCGAAAAUGGACCAGAAGUGAGCAGGGUGACUGUAGAGUUGGUACUGUGUCAGCUUGCUAGAGGUGACUUUGUCGCAGCCGAGAAAGCAUACAAGGAUGCCUACGGCAUACCGGGGUUCACAGAAAGCGAUCACUGCCGGGAGUUGGCAGAGUUGUUGGAUGCGUAUGACGAGAACGAUCAGGAGCGUCUUUCGUCCGUCGCAGCGAGACCGAUGUUCAAGUUCAUGGACAAUGACUAUGCCAAGUUGGCCCGCGGUCUGCAGGCCCCAGGGGGUGGGGAAGGGGGGAAGAAAAAGAAGGCGGAGUUAUUAGACGAGGGGAUUGAAGAAGGGAUGGAGAAGGGACAGUUAGAGAACCAGGAGGAUGGAGGAGGAGAGGAGGAGGAUGAGUUUGCUGGAGGACUAUGUUGAUCUUUUGUGUCUGAAAACAAAAAAAAAUCAAUCUAAAAUAGACUAUACAUUUACGUGUAAUGGCUUAUCCAUGAUGGUAUCAUCAACAUAUAUGUUGUAGUAAAAAUCUUAACAUGGUAUUUCCAUUUGCAAAGUAAAGAGCUUAGCAACAAGCUUUGGAUCAGUCCUCUGAUCCCUCUCAAGUUGAAGUGGCCCAAAGCCUAUGUCAUGUGGCCUAAAUGGAAGUGUGGUAUCAGCAAUGGACUUAAAGCAGCAGACAUAAUUUAUUACUGUUGUAUCAGUAUGCACUGUAGAGUUAUGAUUUUAUAUUGUAAAGUAUAGCACCAGUAUGUCAAUCAUUUGACAUACAGUACAGUUACACUUUCGUGUAUACUCAUAAAUGCAUAAUUUAAUAUAAAGGAAAGCUUUCCAAAUUUGCUUCUUGCCAAUGCUUUAAUAUUGAAAUGUAAGUAAGAAAACAGGAAGUUUAAGUUUGAUUCCAAAAGUUUGUAAGAUUAACAGGCUUGUAUUUUUUUGGUCUCAUUUUUAACUUAAACAAUAUCUUACAUUACAUUGUUUGACCUCAGUGCACUGUAUAAAAAUGCAAAUGUUUAAUCAUUGUACAUGUGUUAAUAUAGCUGAAAUAGAUAUGACAAUGACUAGAAUGUAUCAACAGAUCUAUAUAAGUUGUAUUGCUAUUAGAUGUGAUGUACUUCAGUGUGUCAAUAUAAUUGUAUAACAUGUGAAGUUACUGUGCUUUUUGUGAUUGAGUGAUCUGUGAUUGUAUGAGUUGAAACAGAAGUCUCAACUAGAUACCUCAAAUUCAAUAUUUUGAGUGCUUUGUCUUGUCAGGAAUUGGAAGCUACAAAAAAGACUACUUACAUGCAUCAAAUAUCUCAUGACCCAUAACUAUGCCAGAAAGCAUUAGAGUCAUACAUUUACACUUGUCAAGUAUAUGUGUAUGAUGUUGUAUUUCUAUUGCUAGCAAUUUUGUCACCAGUGAUGUGAAUUUACUUUUACUUACACUAAAGGUCAUAGCUAAUAUUAAUAAAAGUUCUUCAUAGCAGUGAAUCUGAGCCCAUGUCAUGACUUAGCAAUGCUCCAUCGUACCUCUAGUAUGCUGUAGUAGAACUGUCGUCAUGUGAUCUUUUUAAAUCAUGAUAACUGACUACUGUACCAGUCGCUGUGUUACUUUCCACAAGGAGCUUUUAUCAACAUAAUAAAGCAUUGCAACACC